AUGCGCUUGUGGGCCAAUGAGAAUUUCCGAGGAGGGGGCGGAGAAAAGGGGGGAAAAAGUGAAGCUCUGGCAACAGCCCCCGGCGGGGGAGAGAGGGGGCGCACCCCUGACCCACUUUUGCUGACGCCCACCCUCGGCCCCCGCCCCACAGCAGCAAGUCCGAGCCCUGAGGGGGCGAUCAAGCGGGGCGUGGGAGGCCCGCACCCUCCCCACCCCCAGCCGCGACCCGCAGAAGGGGAGCGUGCAGGGCGGCCCGACCCCCCCCCCCAACCCCGCUCCGGAGUGCCCGCGGCUGGAGAAACCUCCCGCAGGCCCGCGGCCGGGGUCUGCAAAGCCCCCUCCACCGCCUGGGCCCCGGGCGCCGCGGCCCCCAGCGGAGGGGAAGGGGACCGAGGAGGGGAAGAAGCUGUAAACAGCCCCAGCGUCCGGGCCUCGCCUCGAAGAGCCCCGCUUCCCAGGCCCCGCCGCGGGCCGCCUGGGUCCCCAGCCCGUCCGAGGGCCGCCCCUCCCGGGGCCCCGGGGACCGGAGUGGAGUCAGGUCUCCUCCCCGGAGGGCUCCGGCAGCUCGCGGAGCGGUCCCAGCAGCGGAGAAGGGGGAAGUCAGGACUUACCUGUCAUUACUUUCUACGCCAUCUUGGAUCCACUUGUCAACGUCCCCACAAAGCAUUAUGGAUGAACUCCGAGCAAAAGGAUGACUGUGGAAACCGGCCGGAUCAAAAAUACAUGCAUCAUGGGGCACCUGGGUGGCUCAGUCAGUUAAGCAUCUGACA